AUAUUACAGCUAUCAAAGUAGUUUCAAACAUCCAAGUGUAAAUCAAUAGUGUUAUCUAUAGCAAAGCAAUACGUGUACCAAAAGAUAAGAAUGGCUGCUUUCAAGGUUGUGUUCGUUACCGUUUGCAUGAUCGGACUGAGCAAUUGUGGAAUUCUUCUACCUGGUGCCCGAUUUGCUGCUGCACCUGUAGCAGCAAUUGCUCCAGUAGCACCAGUAAUCAAUACCAACUAUGAUCCACUACCACAGUAUACCUACGCGUACAGUGUUCAAGAUGCUUUAACCGGCGAUAACAAGAGCCAGCAAGAAACCCGAGAUGGUGAUGUCGUGAAGGGCUCUUAUUCGUUGGUGGAGCCGGACGGUACCGUGCGCACUGUGAUCUACACUGCUGAUCCAAUCAACGGUUUCAACGCAAUCGUUCAGCGCGGCCCAUUGGUACACAAGGCGCUGGUUCCAGUAGCGCCCGUUGCCAAAGUGUUCGGUUAAUUUCAAUUGACCGACGUUUUGUAGCAUUGCUUACCGAUAGAAAAAAACAGACUGAUGUAAACCAAUCAUCAUUUACACUAUUGUUACUUAGAUUUUUUGUUAUUAAAUAACAUACUGAAAUAAA